CGGGCACAAGGUGGUUCUCUCGUUCUGAUAGGACGUCAUAUGACGUCCUACCAUUCUCACUGCACAUGCGCAGCUCAGGGAGCGCACAGCGUGGCAAUCGCUGGUCUGCUGUGUCCCUCGAAGAUGUCGGCUCGGUCAUGUGAUCAGCUGUGUCCAAUCACAGCUGAUCACAUGUAAACACGGAAAUGACAGGCACUGAUGAUCAGUGUGCCCUGAUGAUCAGUGUGGCCCCAGAAGUGCCACCUGUCAGUGCUCAUCAGUGCCACGUGCCAGUGCCCAUCAGUGCCACGUGCCAGUGCCCAUCAGUGCCACAUCAAUGCUACAUAUCAGUGCAUACCAGUUUACAUCAAUGCCACAUAUCAGUGUCCAUCUGAGCUGCCUUUCAAUGUCACCCAUCAGUGCCAGUCAGUGCCACCUAUCAAUGCCAAUCAGUGCCACCUAUCAGUGCUGCCAAUCAGUGCCACCUAUCAGUGCCAGUCAGUGCCGCCUAUCAGUGCCAGUCAGAGCCGCCUAUCAGUGCCAGUCAGAGCCGCCUAACAGUGCCAGUCAGUGCUGCUUAUCAGUGCCAGUCAGUGCUGCCUAUCAGUGCCUCCUAUCAGUG